CCUGAGAAACGCUUUCUUUCUAUCGUUUCCUUUAUAACCUUUACUGCUGCUGCCGUAAUCGAAAUCUUUUAUGCUCGUCCUAUUAUGAACUCCUUUAGAUCCAAGUCCUAUAUGAAACCCGAGGUGCAAACCAUGUCGCUGUAUCAAGUGUCAAUGCUUCAUGCUGGAGUACUGGCUCUUUUGGCUAUAACUGCUUUGGUUCAAGUAUCCAUGGUCGAGGCUGACGAGGAGGAAUUAGAGAAAGCUAAAGCUGCUGCUAAAUCUGCAAAGAAGCCCAAAAAGGAAUAAACUGAUGAAUUAUGUUUAUGAA